AUGCCCCACGGUGCCCCCUUCCUCCUGCUGCUUCUACUGCCCUGGGACAGUCACUGCACCACAGGCCGGACCUGCCCAUGGCCCGUGCAGAUUGACAACGCCAAGACGCGUUUGGCCCAGGCUUCCCGUGGCUUCGGGGCCCUCAUGGAGGUGACCUGCCAGCCAGGCUUCAGGCUGUCCAAAGGGGAUGGAGUGGCACUGAGCCGAUGCCAAGGGGACAGGAAGUGGAGUCUGCUGGCACCCUGCGAACGGGAUCUGACCCCCGCGUCCUUCUGCAGCCCCCCGCCAGAGACCAACAAUGGCUUUCACUUCGGCGCCUCCUACAGGGCAGGUGGGGAGGUGCGCUACAAGUGCAAGCGUGGGUACCGGCUGGAGGGCCCAGAGACUAUCCGAUGCCAGGAGAACCAGGAGUGGUCUGGGCCCGCCCCAACCUGCCACCCCGUGUUCUGCCCGCCCCCCGGGGACAUCGCCGAGGGCUACCUAGUGGCGGUGGAGAAGCCUCAGUACCGGGCCGGGGAGCUGGUCUAUUACCUCUGCAAGCGCAGCUACCUGCUGGACGGCACCAACCGGGUCACCUGCCAGGGCAACGGCACCUGGUCGCCCCGGCCCUUCUGCAGAGCGCGCUGUGUGGUGCCAGCCCAGCGGAGCCGUGUGCUCUACCAGGGCCGCAAGCUCUGGAUCCAGGAGAUCCCACAAGGGCAGGUCCAGCACGGGGAGAUAGUCACCUUCUACUGCCGGAGCCAGAACCAGACCCAGAGCUGCAGCUACCCGGCCCCCUCACGCUGCUUCGACGGCCUGCUGCCCCUGCCGGCCUGCUACGAUGAGCCCACGUGGCUGCAGUACCAGCUCUUCCCCAAGCGGGUGGUGUCCGAGAUCCACCCCUGCUGAGCUCCCCCGGCCCCCCGACACCCAUACACAGCCUGACCGUGACCGGAUGGACCGCCCACAUGGCAGGGAGGAGCCAGCAGCCAGUAGGGGACCCACUGGACAAUGGUCCCUUCGGGGGAGGACUAAUUGUGUGAAAGCUCCUCGUGCGAGGGCCCCAGAGUGCAAAGGCUGCUUGUGCAAAGGUCCAGCUGUAUGAGGAGCCCAUUGUGCAAAGUCCCCAUCAUGCACAGACUGCUAUGCCAGGGCCCCAGCGCGUGAGUUCUCAUCGUGCAAAGGCCCCGUUGUGCAAAGGACGCAUCGUGCGAGAGCCCCCUCAUGCACAGGCUGCAGUGCCAAGGACCCAUCAUGAGACGGUCCCUUCAUGCGAGGUUCCGUCGUGCAAAGGUCCCGUCAGUACCAGGGCCCCAU